UAACUGAUAGAUGACACAGAGUCUCCUCUAUGAUAAGUAACCCAAGAGCGAGAAUUAUCUUCUGCUUCCAUCCAUUGGACCAAAAACAAGAUAAAAAGAAAAAAAAUAUCUUAAGGUGUGGAAGCUCUGCAGCUCAUCAUCAUCCAUGGCCACCAUACCAACCACUGCCACUGCUACCAUGUGUCCCUCUCCUCUCCCAACAAUUUCUCCGUUACUCAGACCAAGUCACCAAUGUCAACCAUCUCCUUCUUCAUCAUCCCCAUCUUCCAUAAAGCUUGGUACCACUCUGUUUUUCAAUGAAGCCACUGUGGAUAGAGCAGCUGAGAGCUCCGUGGUGAUCAAACCUGAGAAAUGGGGAUCUCAGUUAGAAAAGAGGAGAAAGAGGAGGAGGAGAAGAAGAGCAGGUUUCGAGCGUCUAGAGCCUGAAGAAGAUGAUGAUGUUGACCAAGUAGUAGAACCAGUAGCAGAACCAGUUAGUGUUCCUGUUGGACCUUCACGAUCUGGGUUCUUGAGCCGUUCAGAAGAGGUUCAGCUUUGCUUGUACCUCAAGGAAGGAGCCAUACUUGAAAACCUUGGAGCAAGUGUUGAAGAGAAUGGAAUGGUGUCAGUUUUGCUGUCAAGUACAAGCAAAGGGAAGAAGAAGCGUAGCGCUAAUGAGAUAUUAUGCAGAAGAAGAGAAGCGAGAGAAAAGAUAACUCGUUGUUACCGGAGGCUAGUUGUCUCUAUUGCAACAGGAUACCAAGGCAAAGGGUUGAAUCUGCAAGACCUGAUUCAAGAAGGAAGCAUAGGGCUUCUUCGAGGAGCUGAGAGGUUUGAUCCUGAACGUGGCUACAAACUAUCAACUUAUGUCUACUGGUGGAUCAAACAGGCCAUUCUUAGAGCUAUUGCUCACAAGUCUAGACUAGUCAAAUUGCCGGGAAGCAUGUGGGAGUUAACGGCGAAAGUUGCAGAAGCUAGUAAUGUUUUAACCAGAAAACUAAGACGAGCACCGAGCUCCGAAGAGAUUGCAGAGCACCUCAACAUCAAUGUUUCAGCGGUUAGACUUGCUGUUGAGAGGAGCAGAACCCCUGUUUCCUUGGACAGAGUCGCAUCUCAUUAUGGCCGCAUGACGUUGCAGGAGAUUGUAAGGGGACCAGAUGAAACAAGGCCAGAGGAAAUGGUGAAAAGGGAGCACAUGAAGGAGGGGAUUAAGCAGCUUUUGGGAACUCUCACCGCUAGAGAAUCUCGAGUAUUGGGACUCUACUUUGGUCUCAACGGAGAGACUCCUAUGUCUUUUGAAGAGAUAGGUAAGUCGUUGAAGCUUUCAAGAGAGAGGGUAAGGCAAAUCAAUGGGAUUGCCUUGGCGAAGCUACGGAAUCUACAUAAUGUGAAUGAUCUGAGAAUAUACUAUUCCUCUAGUGAAUGAACAUAAUACACAAUGACAUUGGUUGUUCAAAUAGAUUUGGUUAUACAGAAGCAGGGCCGUCUAAU